GUGAGAAAUGCAGUAGCGUAGUAUAUGUAUGAAUAAUUUCUGUGUUCUUCUCUCUCACCCAUCAAAUGUGUUACACUUGAACAGUCGAAUCUAUUGAGAACAAAUUGCGUUGCAAACAUCAUCUCGACGAAAAAUGUUUACGGAAUUGUGUGCGAAUUUUUGUGUGAUAUUUUCGUGUUUUCAUUGACAAAUUGGCAGCGAAAAAAAAAUACACACCAUUUUUGUUUUCUUCAAAUACAAAACAAGACCCAUUCAAUAGUAAUAGUUGGAUUGUUAUAGUGAAUGAAUUGCAGGAACAAGUCAAAAAAAAAAUCCGUGAGCCCAACGAGAGAAAAUACACGAGUGAAGGUGUGUAAAAUCCAUGAAAACUGUGUAUAGUGUAUGAAUAUGCAUACAAAAUAAAUCUGAGUACGCACCACGUAUCGGGAAAAAGGAAAAUAAAAUUCGAUCCCAAAUGUAUACAUAGAAAACGGAAAAAGGAAGAAGAAGAAUUCGGUAGUAGCACCCGAAAAAAAAAUCGUGAGGUGUGUUUUGUUGUCGCUUAUAUGCGUACAAGUGCAUUUCAAAUCUCGGUGGGUUUUUUAAAUUACAAAAUCACAAGGAAAACAAAGUGAAAACUUUCUGUUUUUCUUUAUUGGUGACGGAUUAAAAUUUUUGUCUAUUUGGACAACAAUGCGAGAAAAAAAAACUUGAAUGUUUAAAUUAUUGUGUAGUUUGAUUGACUUGGAGGCAUAGAAGUUAGACAACAUUUGUGUUGAAUGCAAGGAAAAAUAAAUUUAUUGCAAUCAGUGAUUGUUUUGCGUGAGAAAUAAAGAAAAACAUUAAACAAGUGAAUUGAUUGAAUGGAUGACAGAUUUACAAUCGUUUUUUUGUGUCUAAUGUGAAUGAAAAGAGAAAAAAAAAAUUACGCCCAGAAACGAGAGUUAUCUACAGUAGUAUGUCAUCCAGCAAGGGGAAACAUUAGCUAAAAUAUAUGUAUUAAAACGACUUAGCGACCACAAAAUACAGAUUCUCGCAGCCUGGAACGAUUUAAGUGAAAUAGGAAGUAAGUAAUAAGACUUCAAAUUACUCAGUGUAUUUGUUUUUUUCCCUUUGCAUAUUUCCGUGUGGUGUUUGAGCAACUUAUGCGUUGGCCUAUAAUUGGAUUUGUUCCUUAUUUUUAUUUUUUUGAGUAAGUUUAAUUCUUAAAAGAGACACAGAGAGAAAGAGAAAAAAAAAUUCGUUUCUUAUUAUCUGUGGGUUUACUCAUUUCAUGACGACACCGUGGCGGUGUCGUUGGCCACGGAUUUCAGUAUUAUGACAAUUGAUUUCUUUUCACGUAUUCACCACCAUCAUCAUCAUCAUCGUAUCGAUGUUAUUCGCGUGUAUAUUACUCCCAUUCGAAUAAGACAGAUGACGAAUCACGUACACAAUCGUAAAUGCAAAAAAUAAAACCAAUCUGAAGACAUACCAAUUGGUAUGUGGUAACUUUGGCAUUUCUCUAGUCAAUUCAUUUCGUUUCGUACAUUGUUUUUAUAUACGUACAAUGAGAAACGCAAAUAUUUUAUUACGUUUCAUGAACGGUAGUUUCAGAUAUAUUUGCAUAAGUCAGAAAAAAAAAGUGUUCAAUAAGUGAAUGAGUGUGUGUGUGUGCAAGAGUAAUGAACAUGUGUGAACUGAGCUUUGUUCUUUCUUUUCUUUUUAAUUUUUAUGGUUUCAAAUGUGUACAGUAGUACACAUAUUUAUUAGACUAUUAGGUCAUUGCUAUCUAUCUGUCUUCGGUUAUUUUUAGAGCUGUGUGCGUUCUGCAGACGAGCGACGGUAAAUAAAGAUUAGCAUGAAUGCAGCAAUUUACUGGGUGAAUAUAGAGCGAUAUCGUUGCAGUUAAAAGCGACAAAUUAAAUUCAUCUUUAUUGAAUGAUCACCUCAUUCUAGAAAAGACAUCUCAUAUGUGAAGUGAAAAAUAGAACAGCCUACCGAACGGAAAAAAAAACGAUUCUGUUUUAAGAAGAAGGCAAAAAGACGAUUUGUGAAGUAACACAAAAAUAUUAAGCCUAUUAUUUGAUAUAUUCACCGGCCGUAUCGUUUUUUGAGUUAAUACAAUCGGGACGCUGAUGAAAUAAGACUAUAAAUUUGAAUGAAUGAACGGUUGUAGAAAGGAAUUUCUGAGAAUUCAGAAAUAGACAAUUCCACCGAAAUCAUCACUUAUUAGGUCAAAAUGAAUUCACACAAACACCCAAAUUAUGAAGAUGAAUCGAAAAAAAUUACGCUGAAUUCCGAACGACUGACAGCCUAUCGUCGCACAACGUUGAUUUUGAGAUACUACUUUUUGAUGCUAGCGGACUCUCAGCUCGGAAAAUUGUACAAGAUAUGAAUGUUCACAGUGGCAAACAUCAUUUCGGUUCGUUAGAUUUUCUUUGAAAACAAACCGGUAAAUAAUAUCUAGGUAUAAACGAGUUCAGUUUGUCUAAAAAUUACUAUUGACAUGGAUUAGAAGGCUAAUUUGUGUAUUGUGCACCGAUCAGGUCAAAUGUAUCCACAAUCAUUGGUCAAAUUAGAGAAAAAUCGGAGAAGAGCGUGAGUGUGAAAGAGUUUACUCUUCAAAACAGAUUAAAAGGUGAAAACAUCUAUAAUAGUUGAUAAUCGGCAAGGCUGAUUUUCCAAAGAAAACUAAAUGCAAGACAAUUAAGCGCAUUUGUCAAUGCAAAUAAUGUGCGUGUGUGUGUGUGCAGCAUGACUGCAUUAGUUCGCGCACAUAGAUAGAUCCAAUAUUCCGGUCACCGUGUGCUGUGCCGAAAAAUGAACACAAUGAAAACCACUCACUAUCAUUGGAGUGUAUAAAAAUAAAUAUAUAGGUAAUACGUAAGACCAGAAGACAGGAAUUUCAAAAUAAUAGUAAUAACAAUAAUAAACAAAGUCGAACCAACAUAACAAACACAGUGCUUAGUGCAUACGAAAGCGAUUCGGUCGAGUAAAGUGUAGAGGAAAAAAAUAAAAUGAAAAAAAAGAACAAGUUACAUCUUUUACACGACACAACCAAAAACAAAAUGUAUUCGAGAAAAGAGACAAGUCAACAAGGAAAACAACACAUUUGCCCAUGGUAUGGGCUGCGGAAUGUUCGAAUCUGAACGUUUGUCUUAAUAUUGAAUGCGUUUUUCUCUCUCUCAUUCGGUCUUUUUCUUUUUUUGUUGCUGUUGUUGUCGAUCGUGCAUUUGUAUUUGUGGCUGGUAAGAGUAAAUGGAAACAGAAAACUGAAAGAAUCUGAUGAAUUAAAUGCGCGGCAGUAAGAAGAAGGAGAGAGAGGUGUUUCGAUCGACAUACCGCGCGUAUUUUAUACAAAUAAAAUCGUAUUUUCGUGUUGAUAUUCGGUUUUAUUUUUCGUUUUCUUCGAGUAAUCAGCUUCCGUUGUAUGUGUAAAGGUAUUCGACAGAAAUGUAUUUUUUUUUCUUUCUUCUUCUCAUUUCUUUCGUCUUGCACGAUCAUCUCAGACGAAACGCACCAACAUAUAGACAUAAACACACAGACAGACGCGCUCACCUGAAGCAAUGUAAUAUCUUCAGUCAUUUCAUUUUGUGCUUUCGUUUCUUUUCCUCUGCUUUUUAUCUUCACCAAAAGAUACAUGUUUUACACAUAUCUCGUGUGUGCUUCGAUUUUAUUUUUAUUUUUUUCUCUUCUUAAUUGAAAAAUAUGAAAUUUUCGUAAAUUUUUUUUUCUUUUCUCUCUCUCUCUCUCUCUUUCUCCCUCGCCAUCUUCCACUCUCUCCAUUCAGCAUAUAUGCUGCAUAUACAUAUAUACAUGAAUGCAUUAUCGUCUUUAUGUAUUUGUUUCGCGCUCAACUGUCCUCAUAUUUGGAAUAGUUCUUGUGCAUCCGCCUUUUUCAUCAAUCACUUCAAUAUAAAGAAUCUAGAGUAACAAGUAACCACUUUUUUCCCUCCACAUCUCUUCCUCAAUCGUUCUAAUGUGAAUAAUGGGAUUUAAUUUAAUUCAAUUUAACCCAACUCUUCUUCGAGAAAUGUUGCUCUGAUCUCAUUUUUGCAUAGUAAAAAUGGAACAUUUCGAUAUUGAUACAAUUGCUGGAUGCUGUUAACUCUGCUAAACGAGUUUUAUUCUCUCUCUAUCUCUCCCGCUCUCCUUUCCAAAGAUCAAUUGUGAGCGAUCAUAUAAUCUAGACGAAGAUUUGUUUUCUUUUUUUUUUGCAGUUUUAGAUAUAUAUAUUUCUGCCUUAUUAAUCAAUUGAAUUAAUUUAAAAAUACACACCGAGUAUGAUGUUCCCAUUUGAGAGCAGAGUUCGGUUUACUUGCGGCUUGAUGAUUUAAAUUUCAUUAACAAAACUGCGAACCAAUUCAUCGCACACAACGAAAUGUAUACACGUACAUUUGAACAUUUAACUAGAAAAAAAAACGUUCACGAAUUAAAAUCACUUUGCAUUCGUAAUACUGUCGUAUACAUUUUCAAUAUUGUGACCGAAUCAUGUGUACGCGAGCUAUUAUCCGUAUUCCUUCGUUGCUCAUAUGUGUCUGUUACCCAAUGUCGAUUUAUAUUAUGGGAUUUGUGUGAUGUUUGCGUGGACAUUUAUUUCGUGCCGUGCUGUGUUUGUGUGACGAAAUGAUAAUUCGAGACAUGCAAUUUGUAAAAUUGACCUUGUGUUAAUCGUAGACACACCAAAACACGCACAAAUACUUUCAACUCUUGAAAUGUCAGAAUGAACGAAUGUGAACAGAGAGCGAGCGAAAAAAGUAAGGUGUGUUGUGAUUUAGAGAGCCAUCUCAUAUGUACAAUUGAUGAUUUCAUUCGGUCGUUCCGAUUCAUUUCCAUAAUUAAAGUGAUACGAAAUUAAAAUGAAAGAAGAUACGAAGCACAUUAAAACCACAUUAUCUAGAGCAGAGGGAAUAGAAUGCUCUUUCAUUUGAACAUCGAAUUAAUCGAGGGAAAUGAUAAUAACAAAAAAGCAUGUUUUGAAUAGCAUCUCCACACCAUAGAGCCCGUAUAAAAUAAAACCAUUGAUUUAUUCAUUUGGAAAUGUUUGUGAAUGAAAUUUUAUUAUUUAUGUCUCGACUCAAAAGUGAUGAAAUUUUGCGAACUGUCCAGAUUUUUAGCUGCGUCAGCUUUUUUAUUUUUCUUCCAGAAUAUACAUUCUAUAAGCACAUUUGGCAUUUUUGCGAUGAUUGCGAUGUGGCAUAUCAUUCAUAAGAAACUAACUCGAAAAUUACAUCAUCAAUCCAAGUGAAAUGACUAAUAAAGUAGGAAUCUUCAAUGUUCUUGGUACAUUAACCGCAGUUGUGUUCGUUUGGUUUUUUUUCCUUAGCCAUAGAUGCUGUGCUGAUUUAAUUAAAUUGGUUUUUGCGAUGACUCUUCUUAUGCAUUUGAUCAAUUUAAAUGAUUGGAAUUGUUCCAGUUGUGGCUCAUAAUAAACGGUUUUAUGCAAACAUUUGCUAGUUAUGAUGGAAAAAUCAGAAUAAUGAAUCUAGUUUGAAUCCAAUGGAAAUAUGCGCUGAUGAGCGAUAUCUUAAUCCGAUACAAUCCUUUAUUUAAUUGUUGAUAUUCUUUCGUUUCUAUCGUUUUCGAGCUCACCUCGUCGAUUUGCAGACGAAUGAGCUAUUUUUGCUCAUUGCAGUCAUAACCUUAGUAGUAAUUUUACAGCGGAAAACAGCGGUAGCAGCAGCGGCUGCUACUUGCAAUGAUCGUAAUCAACUACCAUCGCCCUAAUGAAAUAAUGGAAACAAUAGAGAGCAAUUAUUUCAAUUGAAAAGUGACCUUAAAUUUUGAUUGUCGUGAGUAAUCAUGAAAUAAUUUAAAAUUGUUUUGGUUAUUAUGCUCAUUUCGGACUUUGCACAAGCCCCAAGUCAGGCAAUCCACAUAUAUUUUUGUUUUGUUUCAUUAACAAAUUUCUAAAUAAAAUUGAUUGACGCCAAAUCAAGGCGCAUUUUUGCCCGCAACGAAAACAAAAACCGCUACACAUAUAAAAUGCAAUGAAAAUGCAAACAAAUCAAUGAAUUUGUUUGUUGUACAUACUUAACCAACAAUUGUUUGCUCAUUUUCUGAUGAAAUUAAUUUGAAAUGUGUUUGUUUUUAUCGAAAGGAAAAAAAUCCGCGCAAAAAAAUAACUAUUAAAAGCAACAGUUUAAAACUGAAAUGCGAUAUAGAAAAUAAAACAAAGAAAAACUACACAUGCAUUGACCGAUGCAUUUAAUUUUCGGUAGCUGUAGCCAUAGAACUUGUAUUUACUAUCUGCGUUUUGCGCAGGCGUCACGCUAAAAUGCUUUUUCCGUUAGUUCGCUCAAAAUAAUAAUAGUAUAUUCCGAACAAUAAUGUAUGCAAUUGUUUUGUAGAAUUGUUCGAGCACAUUACGAGGUAUUCUAUUGAAAGCUGAACACAGAAAAAAAAACAAAACAAAAACAUCGAUUCACCGCUGCAUUGUUCAUGCGAGCGCUUCGUACAUGUGUCGGCUUCAAAAUGAAAUGCCAAUCAACAUUCACUUUAGCCUGAAAAAGUCAUUCAUGAACGAAAAACAGCAACAAUGUAUUGAGACUUUAAAGUGGAUUUUCCACCAUCAGAACGAUUCGAUUGAUUUUUACACGAUUGAGAAUGGAUGAUGUAAACACAGACAUAGCUAUCAAACUGGAUACCGCCGGUUUGCGAAAUCGCAAACACUACAAAAUAAGCUUUGCGUAAUGGUUAAAACUGAUUUAUUGAGAUAUGAUGGCCAAAACAGAAAUAUUUCAUUUUAUUGCCGUAAGUUUUCUUUCAAUGCGCUUCGGUUUCGCUAUCAAAAUUAGUCGUCCAUUAGGGACGAGGGCGAUGAGUUUGAGCUGAAAAAAUAAAGAAAUGCCUUCAUUUGAAAGCAAACGAAAAUGAGCAUUCGUUCCAUGUAUUUCAAAAGAUGGCUAUUGCUAUUUGAUUUUCGCAACUCAUCCUUUUCUUAAAAAAAAAAAACGAAAGGAAUUUUCGAGGAUCGCCAGACUCAUCUGCAUUCCAACCUUGCUUAUGUCCAAAUGGUUAUCUUUACUUUCAAAAUCACAUGUAAACUACGUUCACGUAUAUAUACCAUUUUUCACCCGUGCCGUAUUCACUCCAUUCAAGCAUACACACAAACUCUCGCUUAUGCCUCUCUCGUUUACCAUCAAUGCUGCGAGAUCAAGUCCAUGAUUCACUUCACCGCACACUGGCUCGCACCAAUACACGUAGCUAGCCACUGUCGGAAUCUGCUUUUACGUCGCGCUUAUUUACGAUGCAAAAUGAUCAGCGCGAGUUAAAUGGUUGUAUGGGUUGUGCAUGUCUUUGGAUCACUUUCAAUCGCUCAACUACUGCAACAACCCAGAAAUUUUAUGCUAUACCAGCUACUAAUGUUACACACCGCCACUGCUUGUAUACCGUUUUGAUUUUUAUUUUCGUUUUUUUUCCUCUUUAUUUUCGUUGUUGUUGUUCAUGUUUCUAUUUUUCGCGAGGUUUUCCAUUACUUGAUUGAGCGUAGUAUUACUCGAGCUCUUCACAUGAGCAGUACCACAGUUUUUCGAUCUUUAUUUUAUGUUUUUUAUUUAUUUUUCUCUCUCUGUUUUCUGAUUGGUGUAUUUUGUUGUUUAUCACGAACAUUUAUCGUUUCCGCGCACUUUAUCAUAAUUUCCGUUCACUCGAAAAUUUAUUUAGCUAUCAACCGGUGUUCCAUAGCGAAUCAAUCGAUUGAUUGAAGUGAAGAUGAAAAGAAAAAAAUAAAACAUGCCGUGAGGAUGAAAGAGAGAGAGAGAAAAACAAGAGAAUUGUUUUGUGUGUUCCAUGCGAAAAUUUGAAUCAACAUCUCAAAUGAAGUGAAAUAGAAAAUUGCUGUAUUUACUGCGAGAUAAAAAUAAACUUUCAGCUACGUUUAAGUGUAAUAAUAAAUGGCAUUAAGACUAGAAAAUAGAUGUUUUCGAUAGAGAAACAAUUGUGGAAAUCUGUAUUUUGAUUUUGAGUUUAAUGGCAAAGCAAACGAAACAUUUUUAAAAUAAAAAGCGUCAAAAUCGAAAGUGUAUCGAAUAUCAAGAGAAGCGUCGACAAUUGAUUGGUUUAAAAUUGGUGUUUUUCGAAUUAAUAAAAUCAAAUUGUUCGGAACGAAAAAAAAAAUUGAACUUUUACCGAAUUUCCUAUGGUAUAAUUUCGUGAUGGCCAAAUUGUGGGAAAAUUGCUUCGUGCAUACAGAGUGUGUCAUGGCAAUUUAUUGCACAGUGAAUUUACAUCCAUUUACAUAUUGAAUGACGUUAGUCUAAUCAAACUACAUAUGUCCUGUGUAGAUUCUCUGCGAAAUCUCUUAUCUUGUUUUAUAAAAGUCAAUUUUUCGUUAAACCUGCCUAUAAAACCGUUUCUCAAUUAGCGUCAUUUAAUUGGUCAUUUUUUCACCUUCACGACCAACACACAUGCUCAUUAAUUACCUCUCGGCAAUUUCGAAUACACGCCUCUUGUGGACAAUUGAUUGUAAAUUAUUCGAACAAAAAAGUUAACCAAUAAAAUGUGUUCAGUACACUUUCUGAAUAUAAAAUUCGUGUUGGAGAAGUGAUAAAACCGAUUGGCUGAGGUGUUGCUGUGAGAAAAAAAAGUUUUAGCGAAUGACACACACACACAAACUAAGUUUGCAUGUUAUAAAGAAAAACUACGGUUUAGUUUCAAAACCAUUUUUUGUUGUCUUGUUCCCAAACUUAUAAUGAAUUAAAGAGAAAACGCGCUUGAUUGUGCGAACCAUUGUGAGCAAGUGAGCAUAGACCACAUGUUGCGAUAAAUAGAUAACACUUAAACUGAAUUUAAGCGAGAGAAAAAAAGCGUAACCGAGAAAGAAAAAUGACUAAAUGAACAGCGACGACGACGAAGACGACGACAAUCAUCAUAUACAAUAGUUCAUCGUUAAAAAUUCAUUUAUAGUGAAUAGUACACAUUCAAUUUAAUUUGAUCGAGAGAGCGUGUGAGCUUCUUAAGGUGUGCGUAUGGGCGCGCGCGCGAGCAUUCACUGUUUCUUUUUUCUUAAUUGCGAUUAUGAUCAGUUAAGGCUAAAUAGAAUACAACAGCGAUUAAAAACGCGCGCAUACACACAUGGUACACAAAAAAUAGCGAUCCGACACAUAAUAAACGAUCUAAACAUUGAAUGGAGGAAAAGUGAAUAAGCCGUAGAAACAAAAGAAACAUGCUGCAAAUGUCAAAUGAGUAUGCAUUAUAAAAUGAGGCGGAGAAGAGAAGAGAGAGAGAGAGAGAAAGAGAGAAAGAGAGAGAGAGGGAGAGAGAGAGAGAGAGAGAGAGAGAGAGAGAGAGAGAGAAAUAACGAAGUCCAUGAGUAGAAAUCGCGAACAGUCGAACGGAUUGAAAACAGCUAACGAUAGAGCUGAUUGACCUACCAAAGCCAUACACACCGGUGCAGGCAGUUUCGCUUGUUCUUUUUUUGUGUGUGUUAUAGAUAGUCUUUUGUAUUGGCGCUUUAUCGUUUGUCCAUUCAAUUUCCUUGGAUUGUUUUUCGUUUUGGAUUUUAUCAUCUUCGUCGCGCUUUCAGUGGAUUUUUAGUGCACCAACCUCUGAGCCAACUGACAAAACGUUGCGGUAAAGUUUCACUUGACCGCGGUCAAUCGUUUCCAUUAUAUAGUUUUCUCUCCGCAAACCGAUCCAAUGCUAGUCAAUGGGCUAUAUCAUUAUUCAUAUUGCCAUUUGAUGUUUUUUUUCUCCACUAUCUUUGGCGAAAAAUGCGAAAACGAUCCAAUUUCAAAAAUUUCUAAUCUGUAUUUGCCUACCUAUUACACAUGCACUCAGCUCUAGACCUUCGUUUUCAAUUAUGCAUUGAGACAGACAGAUAGGUCGGAGCAAAUACCGUAAAACAUCUAAUCAAUGUAAACAAAUUCGCUUUCGACGUUCUAGUCGUGUUUUACGUUUGUUGUUUUUAUCAUUGCGAACGGAGAGUGGAAUACAAUAUGAAUAGCGUUAACCUAGCUUUCACUUACUUAAAAUUUAAAUCUUUUUUUUUUACUACACUGCGUGUAUUUUUAAUUAGCUUGGUAUCACGAGCUACCGCUGCUCAAAAUUUGCGGCUGGUUCAUUUCUGAACAAAACGCCGAAAGAGGAUUCGAAACCAAGUUUUAAAUAUCUUUUGAUUUGAUAGGAUUUACAUGUUUAUUAAAACUCAAAGCAUGAUAAAAACAACGUGGAGCGGAAGACAGAAAGAAAAGUUAUUGAAACGAAGACAAAGUGAUUGACAUCGUUGGCUAGCUGUCGCGCAGCCAGUUUGCCAUAAAUUGAUAUAUGCUGGUAUAAGGUGAGGUGGAGAGAAAACAAAAAACAAUGCGCUCUGUUUAGACGCACUUGGUUAGUCUAAUUGGCGUUGCGUGUGCAAUGUGCAUCGAUUGAAUUGCGUAUGACUCCGGGAAAUCUUAGUUUUUAUUCGGUUGCUUAUUCUGAAACCGCCAAUCAUACUGGCAUCGUACACAUUUCGCAGCAACAGUUUUUUUAAUGUUGUUUUUGUUGUUCGUAAUCAAAUGCUUAUGGCUAGUAACUCUUGUGCGACGCGUGACAUUUUGACUUAUAAGCACUUGCAUGACAAGAUACAAUUUUUUAUUUACCCCAUACCUAUUCGAAUCUAUGUCGCACACACAAUUCUCAAAUGUAAUUGAAUACUAGUGCACGCCUUUCUAUUUGCAAUUCGCUGACAUCUUUCCGAGAAAAAUGAUGUCCACUUGCAACAGAGAGUAUUUAUGGAAUUGUAAGCAAUAUGCGAUAUCAUUGUCGUAGCCAGUUGUUCAAACAAAAGUGUUUCAAACAACAACAACAAUAAAAAAAACACCGAUAUUUAGGUCUUUUGUUGUUCGUCUCACAAACACACACAAAACAUUGCGGUAAUUGUUUUAAUUGAUGUGAAAACAAAGCACAAUAUUGGUGCCUUUUAUUUUUCAUAUGAGAUCUGUUAUCAAGAUUUCGUCAAAAUGUAAGCCAUAAAAAUGGCUAUCAAUAUGAAAUACGAAUGUGUUCAGUAACAAUUUAUCUACGGAACGCUAAAGGCACGCGAAUUCUCAUUUUUUUUUGUGUUGACGAAAGUCAGAUUUAUACAUCUAUACAUGGACUGUAGUUUCAUUCUAAUUGAUAACAUUUCUCUUCCCUAUUCUUAUCAACCGGAAAAAUAAAUAAUUUUGUUGCGACUCAAAAUACAAGAUUUACAAGCGCUGAUUUCAGUCGCUUGCUUCCGGGAAAUUGAAUAAAAUCCGCAUAAAUCAACAAAUCAUCUUUUUGCUUGAAUAUUUUAAGAGAAAAAUUCUCGCCUGUUUGUUGCUUUUGACACAAUUCAGUCUGUUGAUUUAUGCAAGAAGGAAAAAAAAUUAAUUGAAAUAUGCUUUAAUGCGCACACACAUAAAAAGAGUGAUAAGAAAACUCAUAAUUGGAAAGUUGGCUUUUAUAAAGUUUAUCAACGUUUGUGAUAUUUUUUUUUAUCGCUCAUGAAAAAAAAAAAUCCUUGCAAAUAUUUCAUAACAUUCGAAAAGAACGGAACCAUACAUCUCGCAUUUAAUAAAAUCUAAUCGAAACGUUGAAAGUAAGAAAGUAUAAUUUAUUUUUCACAUUUAUAGAAGAACGCAAUGAACUCUUGAUAAAGUAUACAACGUGGAAUGGAUUUUACACGUAUGAAAAUAACAAAAAAAAAAGCAUUUUGACAUAAUAAAAGACUGAAUACAAACGAAAUGAGUAAAUAAAGGAGAACAGUAUAGGGAGAAAGAAGAAAAAAAAAUAAGCGUGACUCAUAGUAAAUGUUGCGAUGGAUGAGCAAUGUGUAGAGAACGUUCAUGAAAUAUAAAUGUGGUGUGUGUGUGUGUGUUUUUUUAUUGUUGUACGAGCGUAAAUUGGGAGUCGGUGUAGUGACUAAUUGAAUGAAUCAAAGCAUAAUUUAGAAGGACCGGCGAAUGUGAGUGAAAAAUAGAAUGGACGAAAUUAAAGUGAUAAGAAAAGUAUAGAGAAAUUCAUCGGACCCGUUUCUAUGGUGGAUAAGAAUAAAAAUCGAAAAAGUGGACAAAGCUCAAACGAAGCAGAAAAAUAAAAACAGAAAUAGUUUACGUUCAAUUUUCGGCACGCGAUGAGUGAACAGUUGUGUAAUGCAUGACAACUAAAUGCAAUUUAUAAAGUAAAUGCAAUAUGGUAACAACGAUAAAAAUAACAUGCGAUGGCGUUUUCAUUCAGACAAACUCCAAUCGCAUUCAUACGGUCGAUGAUCGAAUUGUGACAGAUUCGUCGAUGAAUGUAAUCAAUGACACGAACGGUCGCAUAAGCAACGGCCAUAUCAACGGUUCCAACACCACCACCACCAUCAGCAACAACAACAACAACAACAACAACAACAAAAUCAACAGCAAAUUGUCUGGUGAAAUUACAAAACGAAGCAUAUCGGUAGACGAUAUCAUCGAUGUUGCUCCACAGUCACUUCCGAAUUUGCCCAUAACCAACUCGCAACCAGCACUCAUAUCACCACAAUUGGUAAAGACACUGUCACGUAUCAAAAAGACAGCGACGGCAGCGAACAGCAAUAAAAUUGUAAUCAAUAGUCUUUCAUCGACAUCGGUUGCAUUGUCAUCGGUUUCUGUGGAUAAAUCCAUUCACAAAGUCAUACGAAUCGAUAAAAAUGGCCAAUGCACUACGAAACCAAUCACGUCGGAUGCACGUCAAUGGGAUGGCUGCACAGGCAAAAAGAAUGGCAUAGUAAGCAACGGUUCAGCCGUUCGGCGACGCAACACAUUCAAAAACUACUUAAUCGAAUGCAAAGAAAACAUUGUUCGAAGACUAUCAUCGCCAACAUUGCCCAUCGAUGCCGAUUCAUUAGGGGCGAAGCAUUCAAGGGUGAUAGAUUAUCGAAAGUAUCGUAGGAAAAUCUUUCGAAGGAGAAAUUCGACGGGUUCGCUUGAAGUAAUGAAUAGUCACGCUGUGAAUUUGCAAACGUCAGGGCAUCAAUCAGUUGUCGUCGGUCAUCAUCGGGGUUUUUCACAGCCGUCAACAGUGACUAGUGGUGGUGAUCCAUGGUUUCUGCAGGCGCAUGAAAUGCCACCCACAGCACCAGCGCGUCACCAUAAACGUCCCGCACCACAGCCUGGUUCUAUUUUACAUAAUAAUAAUAAUAACAAUAAUGUUGGAAGCCAAAGUAAUCAUCAACUGUCGCAAUUGCAGCAUCAUCAUUCAGCAUUAACAAACGUAAAUCCACUACAUUCGUCUUCCAUCGCAUUGGGAAAUCCACAAUUGAGUUUGGCUACCUCAACAAAUUUAUCGUCAUCAACAACUGCCCUGGAACCAGCGAUACAAAUGGCAUCGAAUGCCCAUUCGCCCAAGUCUCCAAAUCAAAUGGCCACCGUGCAGCCGCAUGUACACAAUGCAUCACAAACAAAUCAACAAACAUCGCAACAUGCAAACACAACCACAUCAUUUCGAUUGAAUUUGGACACAACCGAUCAAGUUCCGCAUAUGCAUCAAAACGGUGGCACAACCGCCACCGGAUCCGCAGUCACUAGUCUUCAUCAAGCAACACCAGUUCAUGUGCCAUCCGUAAUGUCAACGUCAUUACACAGCGGCUCUGCUGCUGCUAUUCCCGGUUUCGAUGCUAGUACCACCACAUGGAAUAGCACAUCGUCGUUGUCGCCAACAAUGUCAUCAUCGGCGGCACAACAUCACCGCAAAUUAGAAGUUAAACUUAACGCAAUGCCAUGGUUUCACGGUAGCAUCACAAGGGACGAAGCCGAACACUUGUUGCAGCCACGAGAGGAUGGCUUAUUUUUAGUCAGAGAGUCAACCAAUUUCCCCGGCGAUUACACAUUAUGCGUAUGCUUUCAAGGAAAAGUUGAACACUAUCGUGUUAAGUAUUUAGAUAAUAAAUUGACCAUCGACGACGAGGAAUACUUUGAGAAUCUUGGCCAAUUAGUUGACCACUACGAAAAAGAUGCAGACGGUUUGUGCACGCAAUUAGUGAAAUGUUUACAUAAGAAGGGCAAGCAAGAGUUUUGCAUAAAUUCAAAAGAGUUCUUGGACAAAGGCUGGGCCAUACCAGAAAGUGAUUUACAAUUAAGAGAAAGCAUUGGCAAGGGCGAAUUUGGCGAUGUAAUGCUUGGCAUUUUGCGUGGCGAAAAAGUGGCGGUGAAAAUGUUAAAAGACGAUGGUGCCGCACAGAAAUUCCUCGCCGAAGCAUCCGUCAUGACAACGCUCGAACAUGAGAAUCUCGUCCGUUUCAUCGGUUUAGUGUUCAAUAGUAAACAUAUAUAUCUGGUCACCGAAUACAUGAGCAAGGGCUCUCUUGUAGAUUAUUUACGAUCACGUGGCCGACAACAUAUUACCAAAAAGGAUCAAAUCAAUUUUGCAUAUGACACUUGUUCGGGAAUGGAAUAUUUGGAGUGUAAGAAAGUCGUUCAUAGAGAUCUGGCGGCGAGGAAUGUCCUCAUUUCCGAAGAUUGUGUGGCCAAAGUGUCCGACUUUGGCCUGGCUAGAGAAGAGUGCUAUAACUUAGACGUCGGUAAAUUACCUAUCAAAUGGACAGCACCGGAAGCGCUGAAAGGAGGCCGAUUCUCUAACAAAUCGGAUAUGUGGAGUUUUGGUAUUUUACUUUGGGAAAUUUACUCUUUCGGCCGAGUCCCAUACCCAAGAAUACCUCUAGCCGAUGUUGUGAAGCAUGUAGAAGUUGGUUAUAAAAUGGAAGCACCCGAAGGAUGUCCACCCGAAAUCUAUGAAAUGAUGCGACAAGCAUGGGAUUUGAAUCCGUUGCGGCGACCCACAUUUCAUGAUCUGAAAUCAAAAUUAUUACAUUUGAAGAAUAUAACAACGUGAGACGAGUCGAAAUUAGGCCACAUUUCAUAUUUGCCAAGCGGAAAUGAGGAUUAUCGAUAAAUUAACUAUGCAAAUAAGUACAUUUAGUGUAGUGUUAUAAAAAUUUCAAAAAGAAGAGAAAGAAAAAACAAAAACAAACAAAAACAUUUAAAAAAAAAACGGAAUUAAAACUUAUGGUAUUCUGUAGACACGCAACAUUUACUUUCAGCUAUUGGAUAAUGGUUAAUCGAUUUUGUGUUCUCAAGAAUGCGAGCAUGUGGAACACUCUCGUAUUUCCGAGAAUUUCUGGCAUUUGGUCGAAAUUUUUGCAUUAUUUUAACAUUCGACAAAGAAGAAAAAGCUAUAAUAGCAAAAGGAAACAAUCAUUUGUUGACUGGGAGGGAAUUUGUGGAUACAAACAACUCAAAACUACUUAUAUAACACACACACACACACAAACAAACACACUAAUUUAUUUUAUUUUAUAUUCGUAAAAUAAUGGACAUUUGAAAGCACGACAUAAUGAAGACGGUUUAAUUGAAUAUUUCAUAUUAAAAUAUUUUAGAUUUUAUUUUAACGCAAACAAAAAAAAACAGAAAGUUCUUCGUAGAGUUCGUUGGUCCAGGACACAGAAUCAUCACGAGCGUGAUAAGGUAGAAGAAGAGUGCAACACAAUAAUAUUGACGAAAAAUUUACAUUUGUGAAGAAAAAAAAAACGGAGAAAUCAAAAUAAAAACCGAACGCAUCAUCGCUAUUCGCUUUUAUCACUACUUUUCCAUCGCAAUGUCAUGAUCAUGUCUGCCGUUUCGUUAUUGCAUUCUCGACAGUGACAAAGCGCAAAAUCUAACAAAAUGUGUAUGAUUUAAAUCUAAAAAUAGGUGUUAUAUUGUUUUCUCUUGAAGUGUGUGUCAUUCGAAAUAGUAAUUUAAUUCAUUAUUAUAUCAUAUUUUGCAUAAUGACACAUUAGUUCUUCUUUUAAAUCACAUUGACAAAAAAUAAACCACAACAUUGCAUUAAUGCCGUAUAUAGUAUGCAUUCAGAUUGAAAUUCAAAUGAGGAUGAUUAGAAAAAUGGGAGAAAAAGAAAUAGAGCGGACAGAUGAAUUGAGCGGGCAUAGUAACGCUUCUAAUGUUAUAGAAAAUGAUGUGUUUUAGAGAGAAAUUAAUUUUCAUUAGAUUGACCUUAUUUAUAUUAUUGACACACUUUACGUGUGUAUGUGGAAAUUGGAAUCUAAUUUACUUUAAUCAUUUUGAUUUUAAAUGCAUACACAAAUGGCAAAGCCCGUUUUGAGUAUGCAUUAUAUUUUUUUUUUUAGAAGAAUUGUGCUGUUUAUUUAGGAUUCAGAAUCAUUUGGUCGAAAUGUUUAAAUGUCAAUUAUAUCCCUCCAGACCGACUCUAUUUAGAUUUAAUUCGCAAUUUGACUAAAAACAAAGAGAGAAACAAAUAUUUCGCGUACGAUGGGCAAUGUCUCGUUUUUUGUACAUUAUGUUCUGUAUUUAUUUGGAGUUUAUGAGACAAUGAUGUAUUCAUCGCAAUGAACCAGUUUUUUUUUAGUUUAAAUUUAUUCGUGUAUUGUAAUCUGAAAUGUGCAUUUGGCCGAAGAAUAUUCCAUUGAAAUUGUAUUGCUUCCAUAUUGAAAUUCGCAUAAAUCUAUUUUUUUUAUCAUUUAGUCAUGCGCACAGGUUGUAUAACGGCACUUUUGUUUCAGUUUAUUGUAAUUCUAAAGAAAAAAAAACGCACAAUUUUUUUUUUCUUAAAUUCGGAACAAUCAAAAUUUGUUGUAGCUAAAAAAAAAUACGCAAAAUUAAUGACAUUCAAAGUAUAAAAACGGUCCAGUUAAUUAUCACUAUUAUAAAGUUGGAAUACUUCUUCAAUUGCGUUAAACUAUUCAGAGAUAUGGAUUGAAUGGGUGAAUGGUCGAGAUGCCAUCUGUACUGUACUGUACUGUACUUAAAUCAAAGCGAGAAAACAUGAUAGUUGUUGUGAAAAGACGGAAAUUAACUAUAAAACAUUUAAGAGAAAACAAAUAUUAGAAAAUGAAGUAAAAUUCAGAAGAAAUUGUUGGUUUUUAAUUUCGACUUCGAAUAUGUGCAAUGAAAUUAAUGGGUUGAAAAAAAAAUAAGAUUUAUGAAGAGGAACAGAUGAAAUGAAACGAAAACUCUAUGAAAAUUGAAAAAUUUGCAAAACAAUCUGAAUGAAUAAUAAAAGAUAAUAAUGAAUAUAUAUAUCAUCAGAAGAAAAACAAAUGUUUGAUCAAAUGAUGUAGAUUUACUUGCAUAUUAUAAUCGAAAGCAUAAACAGAUAUAGAUCCAUUUACAAGUUUCAAAUUCAAUUUAGAGAAACAUGAAGACAAACGACAGAAAAGGGGAGAAAAGGCAAAGUUCAAAGAAAGUAUUAUACACCUGAAAUCAGAGAGUAGGAGAAACAAUUUUUAAAUUAUAAUUUCACUUUAGCAAAACAAAACACAACCUGUAUCACACACAUUGGCUGGAAUGUAACAAGUCAAAAUAUAGGCAGAGAUUCUGAUUGAGGAGAACAUUUUAAAUGAAUAACAUUUACGCAAACACGAAAAGAAUACCGACAAAAAAAAAUUACUAUCAGUUUAAGAAAAUGAACAGAUAAUAAAAAUUAUGAUAUACAAAUUGUAAUAAAAUUACAUAAAAUAUAUAAAAAUCAAA